AUGCCGAAAUCUCGCUCCUCGUCUUCCUCGUCCUCCACGGGCUCUGCUGCUGAUGUUCCUGAAGGCUACAUCGCUGACCCCAACGCUGGACCCAUGCUGCGCUACCAAGCAUCCCUCCCGCGGCUCCCCGUCCCUCCCUUGCCUUCCACGCUCUCAAAAUACCUCGAGACAGUGCGCCCACACUUGAAUGCUGCCGAGCUUGCGCGCACCGAGGCAGCGGUACGUGCCUUUGGCUCGUCGCCUCAGGGUGCGGAGCUCCAGAAACGUCUGGAGGCCCGCGCGGCAGAACCCGGGAUGAAGAGCUGGCUGGCGGACUGGUGGAACGACGCGGCGUAUAUGGGCUACAGGGACUCUGUCGUCGUGAACGUCAGCUAUUUUUACGUCCAUGUCGAUGACAAGACGCGUCGCGAUCCCGCGAAACGAGCAGCUAGUCUGAUUAAAGCUUUGCUUCCAUUCCGGGAGCUCGUAGAGACGGAGCAGUUGGAGCCCGAGAAAGUGCGCGGUGCGCCUCUCUGCAUGUCUUCGUACAAAUGGCUUUUCCAUGCAAAUCGAUACCCCGUUAUCCCUUCUGAUACCGCCCAUAAAUUUGACCCAAAGAAGUAUAACCACGUCGUCUUUGUUCGCAAGAAUCGCUUCUUCGAGGUCCAGCUCGCACAUCCUGACGGAACGGAACUCAGUGCUGCAGACCUAGAGGCACAAAUAUCAGAGGUAAUCCGGCUGGCCGGAACGCAGGAAGGUGUGCCCAUUGGUGCACUCACGAGCGAGAACAGGGAUAUCUGGACAAACGCUAGACAACGCCUUCUUGAUGCUUCCCCAAAGAACAAGGCGUCAUUGGAGCGCAUCGAGUCUGCAAUGAUCAUUGUCGCCCUUGAUGACACAAAACCGGUCACCCGUGAGGACAUAUCAUGGGCAUGUUGGGUCGGAAAUGGGCGUAACCGUUGGUAUGAUAAACAUCAAUUGAUCGUGUUUGACAAUGGUCGUUCCGGGUUCCUUGGCGAGCACUCUUGUAUGGACGGCACUCCCACGCUCCGGACGAAUGAAUUCAUCAUCGCGGCCCUCGCUGCAAACAAAGUCAACCUUGGGCCCUCAACAUCUUCUACAUCCCUCCCUACGCCCAAAGAGGUCACCUUCGAAACCAAUGACGCGGUCCUUUCGGACGUACGUACGGCUGAGAAGCACUUUGAUGAGCUCGUGGGGGCGCACGACAUCGAGGUGUUACAUUACGAGGGGUACGGAAAGUCGCACAUCAAAAAAUUCAAGGCGUCGCCAGAUGCAUGGGCACAGCUCGUCAAGCAGCUUGCGUUUUACAAGCUGGCUGGGCGUCCUGGAGUCACAUAUGAGAGCACGCAGACGCGCAAGUUCCAGCUGGGGCGGACCGAAGUGCUCCGUAGCGCGAGCGUUGAGAGCAAGGCAUGGGUCGACGCGAUGAACGACCAUAACGCUACUGAUGAACAUCGUGCGAACUUGUUCCGCCGCGCUGUGUCUCGGCACGUACAAUAUGCUGCGUGGGCAGCGGAUGGACAGGGCAUCGACCGUCAUUUGUACGGUCUGAAGAAGAUGCUGCGCGAAGGCGAGCCAUUGCCUCAGAUAUACCAAGAUGAGGCGUUCUCGCGGACAAGUCACUGGGAGCUGUCGACAUCUCAGUUGUCGUCCCCAUUCCUCGAUGGGUGGGGCUACGGCGAAGUCGUCCCAGAUGGGUACGGAUUGGCGUAUGCGAUUGGUGACAACUACCUCCGGUGGACAAUCACGAGUUUGAAGCGGGAUACGGCGGUGCUGAAGCAUUAUCUUGCGGAAGCUGCGACUGAGGUCCGGCAGAUGAUGGACCGUGCUGCCGCCUCCGCAGCUGCAAAGGAGACAGCCAAGCCAAAACUAUAAUGUGACAGAGAUCUCGGGAUCGGGGUACGGUACAGUGUCGUCGAAAUCUAAUAGACCUAUCUUCAGAUACCUCGAUUUUCAUGAGCCCUGAGCCAUUCAUUGUCAUCUGAUUAUGACAUUGGUCUGUUGAGGUGUACCAUAUCACGGACUCAGGUGAGUUGAUGUCCCACAAAAAGUCGAGAUUCCUUGAUUGCACCUUAAAUAGCCGCAGAAAAUGAUGAACCUUCCAAGUGAGGCACCAGCUGAGACUCUCCCUGGUCAUGGCCAAGGGCGUGGGUUUCUAAGAGCGAAAUCGUUCUCUGGAUGCAGUGCUGUUACUUCUGUGGUUGGCUGACAGCCAGCGGAGUAUGGCCUAAUCAUUGAUAUAAUCAUUGACGGAAAGCAACGGUUAUG